UAAUGCUGGUAUAUUAAAUAUAAUUUGUUCUGUUUCUAUUUCAGAAUCAAAAGACAAUGCAGAUUUUGAUAUUUUUCGCCGUGAUCCAGGUGUCGCUGACUGCUAAAAUUCUUAUGACGUUUUCUCCAGUGACAAGUCACUGUCUGGAAAUGGCUGCCAUUGGCAACGAACUGGUCAGGAGAGGGCACAGCGUGUCAGCGUACGUUCCUGAAUUUUUCGAUACAAGAUAUUGUUUACAGGAUUCGAAGAUACAACGUUUAACGUUUGAUGUGAGCGAACGCACCAAGACAGAUUAUAAAGAGACACACAGUGCCACAGUGAGAAAUAUAGUGACAAGAGAAAAGAACAUGAUUCGAAGUCUUCUGGACAUAUUCGUGAUGAUUAACAGUAUCUGUGACAGCCAGCUCUCAAACCGAGUUCAACUAGAUGAGUUGAAAGAGGCCGGAUAUGACGUAGUAAUGACGGAGGGUCUUCCAUUCGCCCACUGCUACUAUCUUGUUCCGUAUUACCUGGGUGUCGCUACCGUGUCUGUUUCUAGUGUGUUUUUCGGUUUUGACAGCGGGGAGGUUUUCCAGCCAUACACCUACCCUCAUACAAUUGGCUCGUACACCAACGAAAUGACGACUUUACAAAGAAUAUUGAACAGCUUCCACUACAUUCUUGUAACUGUCAUGCUGCAAGUCUUUAAGCCUCCGUUUGAUCUCACUAAAUAUGGCGAGCCGUUCACGGACAUUGUCCCGCAGACACUGAUCCGAGAAUCGUCGUUGUAUCUCGAUAAUUCUGACUACAUUGCUGAUUAUCCGAAAGCUACCUUCCCCAACUUCGUACAGAUAGGGGGGUUGACAGCUCGCCCACCAGCACCUCUACCUAAUGAUCUGAAGACAUAGCUCGAUAACU